AUGAUAACAAUGUACCUACAUUUUGGUUACAUAGCCAGACUUUCCUCUUCCAGUCCACAGAGCAGCAUGAUGAUUGUGAAGAUCCUGCUGGGUGUCUUGUAUCUCUCAGGGGGGCUCGUCCUCUCCAAAUGCCGUCGGUACCACUUUGUUAAUAAGCCUUUUACUUGGUAUGAGGCUCAGAGCUACUGCAGAAAGAACUACGUAGGCCUGGCCUGCAUUGAAAACAGUGAAGAAAUGAACCAAGUUAUCAAUACAGUUUCAUCUGCUGGUUACAACUCUGAGGUCUGGAUUGGUGUUUACAUUCAUUUACAGCGGCAUGCUGCAUCUCAGAAUGAUGAUGAGUCCUGGAACUGGAAAAAACAAAUUCAAAGUGAACCUUUCUUAGUUUCCUAUUUUUGUCAAAGCAUUUCAGUGAGUGGACAGUGGUAUUCCAACUGCUCAGUGGAACAUCCAUUCAUCUGUUACAAUGGAACUUCGCAGAGUCCUCAAUAUGUUCUUGUUAAUGAAAGCAUGGACUGGUUCCGAGCUCUGAGGUACUGCAGGGAGAACUUCACAGACAUAGCCAGUUAUUCGAUAUCUGACAGUCAGUUGCAGAUACUGCUGCCAAAUGGGGAUCGAGCGUGGAUAGGCGUCAUUUCAUAUCCCGAAAUUCGCCAGAGAGAUUGUGGCAACUCUUCAUUCCGAUACUGGGAUGACUUCGGAAACAUUCCGAGCAUUUUUCGCUCAUUGUUUGGUGUUGCAGAUUUGCAGAGAUCAGGAAAAUGGAGGUUAAUCGAGUAUUUCACAAAAAUACCAUUUGUCUGCUUUGACAACCUGCCAGCUCCUGGAAAGGAAAAUGUUCAGAAAAAAGUAAUAAAAAUGAACCUGAAUCUGGAGGGCCUGUCUGUGGAUCUGAAUGACAGAGCUGUCAAAGCAAACCUAACAAAGCUGCAGGACAAACUGGAGGAAAAAGGAGUGAAUGGAGUCAAUCUGAAGUGGAGAAAGCUGCCUGAUGGAGCAGUCUUCCAUAAAGAGGAGAAAAAUACUAAGAAGGAAGAAAAGAAGAAAACUGAGCUGUGAAUUUUAAAACCAACUUUACUGCCGCUUACAGCUUAACAAAUUUAUCAGAGCACCAUCUAGUGUAAGGUUGCUGAUUCUCAUUCCCACCACUUCACAACUGGCUGUGAACCACUCAAGUGCGAGCUGGAGGCCAUCACGUGAUGAAGCCAAAAGAACCACAUCUGCAAAAAGCAGAAAUGACAUUCUGAGACCGCCCAAGUGGAAGCCUUCCGCCACUUGGCUACGUGUAGAAAUUCUAUCUGUAAAAAAAAUCAUGAACACAGUCUGUCACAAAGGACAGCCCUGACUGAGUCCAACACCAACCAGAAAUGCGUCCAACUUAUUGCCGGGUAUAUGGACCAAGCUCUUGCAACAGUUUUAUAAGGACCAAAUGGCUUAGCAACGGGCCACACACCCCAUACUCCUCAAGCUCCUCCCACAGAAUAUUCCAAGGGACAUCAUCAAAUGCUUUUUCCAAAUGCACAUAACACAUGUAGACUGGUUGGAGAAAAAAAUAAAAAUAAAAAUACAUAAUAUGAAUAUGACUGCUGCAAAUUUCCCACCAUGCAUCACUUAUCCCAUUUGGCCUGAAGCAAACAUUGCAUUUAGGAUAAUCAUAAAGCGUGUAACAUGAAAAUCACCAUCAUAAAGAUCUCAGGAAGAAGCAGUUUUUAUUGUUAGAUGUUCAGAGUUGUUGGAUGAUCAAUCACUGGAUGGUCCCAGUAUAUUUUAUGCUAAAGGAGGCAAUAAAGCAAGCAUAUAAGCUCCCUUCCUUAGUAUUUGGAGAAUUUAGAAAACACUUUAGUGUGAUGUUUUGUUUGUAUGAAGCUGCUGUACCUAGUGAGGUUUGGCUCUGCUUAAACCUUUUAUAUAUGUAAAUGAUGCUGUUAACAGUCCCUGCCUUGAUAACGAAAAACAAAUUUUAUCAGAGCUUCACUGGGAUACAGUUUCCACAGCCUGACACAUAGGAGUGAAGUUUAGGUUCUAAACAAAAUCUACUUUCAGUCCCUCACGUGGCUUUGCCACCACAUACAGUAUCUCACAGAAGUGAGUACACUGCUCACAUUUUUGUACAUUUAUUAUAUCUUUUCAUGAGACAACAUUGAAGAUUUGGCACUUUGAUACAAUGUAAAGUAGUCAGUGUACAGCUUGUAUAACAGUGUAAAUUUUCUGUAACCUCAAAAUAACAAUUCUUUUUUUCAGAUCGUCACAGAAUUCUUUGCCAUGAUGUGUCAUGUUAAACUUCCAGUGACCAGUGUGAGAGAGUUUGAGAGCAAUGACACCAAAAUCAACACACCUGUUUCCCAUUUGUGUUACAAGGUUAUUAUGAGACCUUGUAACACUAAAAGUCACAUGACACCAGGGAGGGAGAGUGGCUAAUUAAGCACAGUUUGGACAUUUUGAUUUAGGGGUGCACUCACUCUAGUUGCCAGCAGUUUAGGCAAUAAUGGCUGUGUUGGCUGUAUACUUAGAGGGGACAGCAAAUUUACACUGUUAUACAAGCUGCACACUGGCUACUGUACAUUGUAUCAAAGUGAAAAGAUAUAAUAAAAUAAUCACUGUAUUUACAAAAAUGCGAGGGGUGUACUCACUUUUGUGAGAUACUGUAUGUAUUGAAGUCUAUAGAAAAAUGUCACUACUUCUCACUUAUUUUAUGACUUCAGUAAACAAUUUAUCAGUUUUUGCUCUUGUUGAUUCAGGAUGAGUAAAAGACAUGAUGUGUUUUAGAGUACGGUUACUUUGUGAUUUAGUGCCCUAAUUUCAUAGUGAGAGUCAUCCCUUGCUCAUAGUGUCUAUGAGUGGGCUGCUGUGUGGCAGCUAAGGUGUGAAAAUAUGAAUAUUUUAAAACUGAGAAAUGUUCACAAAAUUGUGACAUCUAUAAAUAAAAGAAACAUCUAAAUGACUAAAAUUAUUGUUAUUUCUUCACUCUCAAAGGUUUCUGCACAGUUAAUUUAAAACAUUCAUCUUUUCAGUCAGAUGCAGUG